CAGAGCAGAGUUGUGUUGUAUUUGUUAUUUUCCAUGUCCUUACAGGAGCCGCUUGACCUUCCACUGACUGCUCCCUUCGCGGUUCUCCACCGCGCAUGUAUGUACGUGCCUCACUGCGUGAUGUAAUACGGUCCUUGUGAUUUAUCUGCGUGCAGCAGCAUGCUAUUAGUGAGAAGCUGUUUACAUAUGGAUUAGGCUGUGCGGGUUUUUAACGGGAGGUGAAGCGGAUUUCAGCAGCGGAGCUGUCCCACUCUCUCGGAUGCUGCUGUCGCGUGCUCAGGUGAUGCUGCGCUCGAGCUUCUGACAUCCUCUCCUCCUGUUCCCCCCCCCUCUCUCCCACCUCCACCUCUCUCUCUCUCCUCCCUCUGCGUGCAUCUAUCCCCUCCGUCCCUCCUCGCUCCUCUCCUCUCCUCCACACGCAUAAAGCGCUCUGUCAUGGCGUCUUCCAACCAUGUUACCCCCACCAACUGUAGCUGGUGGCCCAUCUCAGCCAUGGAUGAGGACGGUAAAGUGGCGGACGGAGAGGACUGCGAGGAACCCACGGCGGAGUCCAAACACUUUAACAAAGACAGGCUGGUUUUGUACCACUGGACGCAGUCUUUCUCCUCACAGAAGGUACGUCUAGUGAUCCAUGAGAAGGGUCUCGUGUGUGACGAGAGGGAUGUGAGUUUGCCGUUGCAGGAGCACAAGGAGCCCUGGUUCAUGAGACUGAACUUGGGAGAGGAGGUCCCCGUCUUCCUACAUGGAGACACCAUCAUCAGUGACUACAACCAGAUGGUAGACUACAUGGAGAAAAACUUUGUGGGAGAGACAGUGGCUCAGUUGAUUCCUGAUCCAGACUCGCCUCUCUACGACCGUGUGCAGCAGUACCGCCAGCUCCUGGAUGGCCUGCCCAUGGAUGCUUACACACACGGCUGCAUCCUCCAUCCAGAGCUCACCACUGACUCUAUGAUCCCAAAGUACGCCACCGCAGAAAUACGUAGACACUUGGCUAACGCUGCGACCGAGCUGAUGAAACUGGACCACGAAGAGCCUCAGCUGACAGAACCCUACUUGUCCAAGCAGAAAAAGUUAAUGGCAAAAAUCUUGGACCACGAUAAUGUGAACUACUUGAAGAAAAUCCUGGGGGAGUUAGGUAUGGUUCUGGAUCAAGUGGAGGCUGAACUUGAGAAAAGAAAACUAGAAUAUCAAGGUCAAAAGUGCGAGUUGUGGCUUUGUGGACCUGAAUUUACACUAGCUGAUAUCUGCCUUGGAGCCUUGUUGCACAGGCUCAAGUUCUUGGGACUUUCUAGGAAAUACUGGGAGGACGGCAGCCGGCCCAACCUUCAGUCCUUUUUCAUGCGUGUGCAAAAACGCUACGCUUUUCGAAAGGUCUUGGGCGACAUCCACACGACUCUCCUGUCAGCAGUCCUACCCAACGCCUUCCGAAUGGUAAAAAAGAAGCCGCCAUCUUUCUUCGGGGCCUCGUUUCUCAUGGGCUCACUGGGUGGGAUGGGCUACUUUGCCUACUGGUAUUUAAAAAAGAAAUACAUGUAGUGAAUGCCCUCUUAUUGUGUUAAAUGUCUGUGUUUUGUGUGAUGCUUCAACUUUUCUGUAAUGUUUUAUGACUGCAGGAAAAUAUAAUGAAUCUAUAUAGAGAACACUAUUACUUACCCGGGUAAACAAAGAAAUAUAAAAACAUUCCAUAGUAUGAAAUUACUGACAGCACAUUUUCUGGUAGUCAAAGCCUUUGUUAAUGUUAAUUUCUGAAACUUGCAGCUUUGGUGCAAGCAAGACCUCAUUUGGUUAUUUAUUAUGAUUUAUUUUAGAUUUUUUAUGGUUUUGGAAGCAUGCAUCAGUUUCACACUGAAUACAGAAAUUUAGAUAAAACUUUAAACAUAAGACCAACAGAGCCAGCCUUCGCAUGCCAUAACAAUAUUCAUGAUUCAUUGCUGCUUUAACCCCUCCACCUCCCUGAGGUUCUAACUAAUAAAAUCACAGCAUAUACACAUGAUAAAUGUUCUGAAAUGUGCUGCUACACCAGAAAAUGCCAGAUAAAAUCUUAAGGAAGGCAAUGUUUCUAUUAAAGUUAUUGUUAAGAGUAGGAUUUUUAAAUAUGAAGCUGUUAAGGACUGUGGAGAUGAGAUUUUCGGUAGCUAGUAUUAAGACCGCUAAAAGGGGAAAAGCUAUCUUAGGUUUGUCUAAGAUGUACAAAAUUUACCAUUCAAAUAUCACUCUGAUUCUCUUUCAACAAUAACUCAAAUCGCCAGUUAGUCUGUGUGCAUUGUUUUAUGGAUUACAAAGUCAAAAUGAGCUAAGAAAAUGCAACCUGUGAGGUGUUUUUAUCCUUGAAUAGAGUUAAGUUAGCUGACAUCUUUUGCCAGUAGUAAAUACUGGGCCUGUUAAAAAAUAAGAAUGAUUUCCAGUCAUCCAAAAAAAAAGUGAUCCAGUCAUUUGAGAAAAAUAUUCUUCUUUCCCAAAUUGCAUCUAAUAUAAAAACAGUAUUUAACCCAUUUGUUGCAAACUGUAGGCAUUAUAACACUUCGAUGGUUACCAUUAGCUUAACAUAAAGACCGGAAAAGGGAACAAGGAUUUAGGAGACCUACAGAAUAAACCAAACUAAAUCCCUGUAAUUUAUAUAAAAUCUCCUAAACUAACAAUGUUAUAUUUGUUGUUUAUAAAACACAGAGCCAAAAUGAGCUGUGGAGAUGCUUCUUUGUCAGGUAUGUUAGCUGCUUUGUGCUGUAGCACAUAUAAAAUAUCUGUCACCAAUAUCUAAUAUAGAACCUGAUGAAAAAUUACGAUUUUUUUUAAUUCAACCCUCAAAAAUAAUGAUUUCAUACAUUUGAAUAAAACCAGGAGUUAGGUGCCCAAGUACGUGUUGGGGGAGAUGAAUGGUAGCCAAUAUGGUUUCCAUUUAUUUACAUGUUUGUUUGUUUUUUUUGAAUCAUGGUUUCUGCUUUCUAUACAUGAGUACAGUCACUGUGUCAAACCUUCAAACUGUUUUACUACAGAAUCUCGUGUUGAGCUGUUUAACCAGGUCACAUUAUUUCCUGCAGUCAAACACUCUGAUUUGAAUCCUGUUUUCAGUCCCACACUAACAGACUGUAGCUCUGUACUGAGCUUUGUAGUGAGAACUCUCUUCUAACCCACAGAAAUGUGAUUUUACCUAAAUUAUUUAUUCUAAUAGGAACUCACACGAUAACACAGAGACAUUGUUAAAUCGGUUUAUUGACAACUGCACAGACUACACAGCACACAGCGGUCCAUGGUCACAAACCUUGGGUGUUUUAAACGUUACACUUGGCUGUUACAAUUAAUAAAAUGAUAAGUUCUGCAUCUGUGGCACAAAGUGUUGAAUUAGGUUUAGGAUGUAUAUUUAAUUGCAUGGGUCUUGUUUACUGUAUUAGCAUUCUGUGAUGAGGGUGGUCACUUUGUGUUGACAGGAGGUAGAAUUUGCUAACUGUAACAUUUGAAGCACCUGUUCAAUGUCUUGGUGGUCGUCCUCAGCAAUACCAAGCAAGUCAAAUCUUGUCUAACUGCUGUUUGGCACCAACUGGAUGCAAUAUGUUCCAGAUAGAUGUGUUAGAAGUAUAAUUUGCCAUAUCUAUGCCAACACACCAAGGUUAUAAAGUUGACUCGUAUGUGAAUUAAGCGUAUGGAGAUUGUUUUCCUCUUCGAAAGCCUUGCAAGUGUUUGUUUUGUCACUCAUAAUUGCUACUUUCUCCAUUUUUUGUAACCCUCCAGACUUUGACAUCAGUCUACUCCUGAGCUGUGUAAUGUUUUAUGUUUUCAUUCAUUGUGAGUGAUGGGCUGUACUUUUUAGGGACAUAAAUGUAACUUGGAGUUCCUCCCAAAGUGCAAAACAAUAUGUCUACAUUCAUUCUCAGUCAGGUUGGGCUAACCCAGUGUUUUAAGGCAAACUGAUUUAUUUGUAUUUUACAAAUGAAAGAAGACUUACAAAAUUAGCUUUUUACGUUUAAAAUAUAAACUAUAGUAAACAUAAUGAUCCAAACUGCCUGCUGACCUUUGUCAUUUAAAGUUUUUAAUGCUCAGAUUUGUUUGAGUGACCAAAAAUGGGAGAUAAUGAUGAGGAUGGAGACACGUUGUGAAAAGUCAUAACCAGCCAAUCAUUGCAAGCACACGUCACUGUUCCACUGGUUCUUCUUAUGUGCAGUUAUGGUUCUAAGGGUUAGGGUCUGUACCCUUUUGGACCACACAUGCUAAGAACGUUUAGUUGUGAUAUGUGGCCAUUAUACUUCACUAUAUUGUUCUUUUUUUUAAUUUUUAUAUUUCUAUAUGUAUUAAUAUGCAUUUAUUUAUGGUGCUUUUUAUGUUUGUUCAGAAGCCUUAAUUUAUUCAUUUGCCAUCAAUGACAAAUAAAUAAUGGAAAAUGGAAUCAACUGAAAGUUUUUUAUUUAGUGUGAACCCAAACACAAUAAAAUCAACACCUUCCCAACUGGAAACUACAUGAACAUCAGCUCAAUUACACUUUGUUCCCAAAUCUCUUUACUAUGAAUUUUAAACAGAGACGACACUCAGGUCCAGGUCCCAGUUCUGUAGAACUUUGUGGGUCAACACUUGGAUCCCUCUAAAAAGAUAAAUCUGUGAUAUAUCUCAAAACUAAAUUUAACACCUAAUACUGUAAAGCAGCUAAUAUUGGCAGCUGUCAUACACAUAUACACACACACACACAAACAAAAAGGACAGAACAAACAUGGACGAAUGUUGCGAUUUCCAAAGCU